AAUAUGAGAGUCCAAUCGUAUUUCAGAUAUUCACUUGCGGAAGUUAGAGUGAAAAUUUGUAAUUGAAAAAAAUUUAAAGAAAAUGAAAUUGGCUUUGAUUGCUUUGGUGGCUGGGCUAUGUCUGGUGGCUGUUAAUGCCAAUGUGGAAUUACCCGCUCCCAUGGAAGAAAUCGAUUUCGAAUACAUUGCCAAGGACAUAGCCGAUGAUGUUGUGGACAUUGAUGCCCAGGUCUCUUGGUUCGGCAUCUACUUUGUCAUCCACAAAGUUUUGACCACAUUGAAAGGUGUAAAUUGUACCAUCAAAGAAGUCCUUGCCAUUCGCACUGCUGCCCAAAACUUUUUGAAUGACGUUAAGGCCUGUGGCGGUGAAGUGUCAAAGAAAUUGCAAAAUUUGAUCGACACCUGCAAGAAUAUCGUCUCAACUGCCAAUGAUAUUAUCCAUGUUAAUGAGAAUAUUUGCGGUAACACCACUCCUGGUGAUGAUGGUAGUGAUGUUGCUGCCGAUGCCUUGUCCGUCAAGACCGGUUGGAAUUGCUUCUGGAAAUUGUUGUUCAAGACAAUGUCGUUGAAGAACCAGGUGAAACAUGCCAUCUAUUUGAUCAAACAAAUACCCUCGGUGCCCGGUGACACAGGCGUGUGUGUCAACAAUGCCCUCAGCACUUUGUCCAAUGUUUUCACUCAAUUCCCCAGUAAUGUUAAGGCUUGCUCGAAGUUGACCAGCAAUUAAGAAAUUCUGAAAUAAAUAGUAUGAUCAAUGAAAGAAAAAUGUUACGAUAUU